AUGGGUCCAGUUGCAGUUACUACUGAACGACAUGAUCUCAGCAUCGCCUCCUUAAGGGAGUUGUAUCAUACAGAAAAGGCUACUCCUCUUGACGUAGUAAAUCAGAUCUACGACCACAUCGAGUCCUACCCAGACCAGGCAGUUUGGAUUCAUCUCAGUCCGAGACAAACGGCCUUGGAAGCGGCUUCUUCAUUGAUGGCCAGAUAUGCCGAACAACGGCAACUACCCGCUCUUUACGGUAUCUCCUUUUCUGUCAAAGACUCGAUUAAUGUUUCGGGAAUCCCGACCACUGUCGCAUGUCCCUCGUAUGCUUAUACGCCUGACCGAACCGCACCGGCAGUCCAAAAGAUUCUGGACGCAGGCGGAAUUCUUGUGGGCAAAACUAACCUCGAUCAAUUUGCGACAGGGCUGGUGGGACAUCGUUCUCCAUAUGGUACACCGCGAUGUGUGUUUGAUUCAGACUACAUCUCUGGAGGUAGCUCCUCCGGCUCAGCAGUGAGUGUUGGGUCUAGACAGGUGUCAUUCUCAGUCGCAACUGAUACCGCUGGGAGUACCAGAGUUCCAGCCAGUCUGAAUGGCCUUGUAGGCUUGAAACCGACUCUGGGAACUAUCUCUACCGUAGGCCUCAUUCCCGCAUGCAAAACUGCAGAUUGUAUUACCGUCAUUGCAAGAUCUGUGGAUGAUGCAAGAGAGGCAUGGAAGGUCAUGAAAGGCUAUGAUGAAGAAGACGUGUAUGCUCGUAAAUCCAUUCCUGCAUUGCCUAGUUUCCCAACGACCAUUCGAUUUGCAAUUCCACCAUCCGGUCUUCUCUCGGUGCUAUCACCUUCGUAUAUGCAACUAUUUUCUCAUGUUAUUGAGAGGUUAGAACAACCAGACUCGGGCUUUCAAAAAUGCCCUAUCAACUAUACGCCCUUUCAGUCAGCGAAUGAUAUGUUAUAUGGGUCUUCGAUCGUCAGUCAACGCCUCGUCGCAUUUGAAGACUAUCUAAAACAGCACGGAAUGGAAAAACUACAUCCUGUAAUCAAGACCAUUUUCGAGUCCUCAUCUGGCUUUGACGCUGUUCGGGCUUAUCAAGAUAUUUUCGACCUGGCUCUCUAUAAGCGCCAGACAGUUACGCAAUUUCAAAAGAGUAUUGAUGUCUUGAUCGUCCCAUCGACAGUGACGCAUUUCACCGUUGCAGAGAUUCAAGAGGACCCCAUCGCAAGAAAUAAGCUCAUGGGCAGCUUCACGCAUUUUGUCAACCUUUUAGAUCUCUGUGCUGUGGCUAUACCGACGGGGAAAUGGAAGAAUCCCAAGGGCAAUUUGAUGCCUUUUGGUAUUACGCUCAUUGGGGAGGCGGGAAGGGAUACUGAAUUGAUGAAAAUGGGGGAGAGGAUUAUUGAGGACAUAACAAUGCACCCACUAGUUGCAUAA